CGCUGGGGCACUGCAGAGCCUAGGGGCGGCGGCGGAGGAGGAUGGAGAUCCCGGUGCCUGUGCAGCCGUCUUGGCUGCGCCGCGCCUCGGCCCCGUUGCCCGGGCUUUCGGCUCCCGGGCGCCUCUUCGACCAGCGCUUCGGCGAGGGGCUGCUGGAGGCCGAGCUGGCUGCGCUCUGCCCCGCGGCGCUGGCCCCCUACUACCUGCGCGCACCCAGCGUGGCGCUGCCUACCGCCCAGGUGCCAACCGAUCCCGGGCAUUUCUCGGUGCUGCUGGAUGUGAAGCACUUCUCGCCGGAGGAAAUCGCCGUCAAGGUGGUUGGCGAACAUGUGGAGGUGCAUGCGCGCCACGAGGAGCGCCCGGAUGAGCACGGAUACAUCGCGCGCGAGUUCCACCGCCGCUACCGCUUGCCGCCUGGUGUCGACCCAGCGGCCGUGACGUCUGCUCUGUCCCCUGAAGGCGUCCUGUCCAUCCAGGCAGCACCUGCGCCGGCCCAGGGCCCAUUGCCGUCGCCAACGGCUGCUGCCAAGUAGGGGUCAGAGAACCCUGGGAGCCGCCUCAGGCCCCGCCUUUUAAAGCCGACCUGACUCCACCCAGCCAGAUGUCCCCGGGCGCGCGCCAAGACUAUCCGCCCACCCCACCUGGGAUCUGCCUUGACCCUUCCAACCUAGACUCAGCCCUGAUAACCCAGGCCUUUACACUGACACUCCGGGUUCCUACACCCUCUCCAGCUUACAAACCUCCAGGCACUUCUCUAGUUUCCAGACUCUACAAAGCACUGUCCCUCAGCCUGGUCUCCCAUCCCCAAGGACCCCACUUGGCAUAAAACCCCACUCCAGACACCCUAUUUCCUUCUGACUCCUCUAGGCAAACAUCUCCACACCCCGUUUCAAUCCACCCUCCAAGAUUAUGGUGUAGACAGCCCUGCCCCCACCCUAAACCUAGGCAAAACAUGCAUAAUCCCUGCUUCCCCUCAAAGGUCCCAGACUAUGCACAGACCUCCCACCCUCAACCAUCCUGGCCUGGUCCACAACCUCUGGAUCCUUCCCCUCAUUCCAAGCAGCUACUCCAGUACCCCUCACCCUCUCCCCUCACCCAUCUUCUAACUUGAAACCUCAGCCAGCUACCCCCAGACUCUUGAACCCUUUUUCUAAUCCCCUAUUCUAGGCCAACCAGGACCCUCAGCCUCAAACUGUACAGAUACCUACCCCAUCUCCCCAGAUGCUGCAGAUAUCCUAGGCUCCCAUCUCCAGCUCCAACCAGAACCCCCUCUGUCUUGUCCCUCAAGUCUCCAACCACAUAAUCCCAGGCAAUCCACUCCAUACCCCUCCCCCUUAUUCUCCAAGAUCCAAAGCAGCAGCCACUUUCUUUGAAGCUCCACAAUCUUUCUCCCUCCUUGAGUUUCUUGACGCCCCCAUCCCCUCACCCAGGCCCACUCCCCCAAUAAAUGUGCUGGAGCUGUG